CUCUCUAAAACCCACAAAAAAAUCCACUAAUCUAUUUUUUUUUAAUUAUUUGCGAUUUCGUUUUAGUUUUCUGCUUUGAAAGUGGGCCAACGCUUAAGCUCGGUGAUAAAUAUGGAAAGAAUUUCUUGUUUCCUAUUCUGGGCUGCUUUCCGAUUCUCUAAUGCCAUGACUAUCCUAAAGUCGUCAAAGAGGAAAUUCUUUCCUCAUGAAGCACAUUGCAUGUUAUUGUUUGGCGUUGGGAAGCAGCAACAUUUUUCUGCUUCUAUUUGCAGGAGAAUAAAAAUCCAGAGCCACCAUGGAAGAGGACAUGUCGAGGACUGUUUCGAACGGAGGCGGCAAUGCAACUCCGGAAGCCAUUGACUCCAACAGCUGCGCACACUUGCUUCCUCCCCCGAACAAGCCUGCGAGGCGCGGCGGCUUUAGGACUUCCCCGCUGAAAUUCAAAGGCCUUGUGCCUCAGCAGAAUGGGCACUGGGGCGCCCAAAUCUACGCCAACCACCAGCGGAUUUGGCUCGGCACAUUCAAGUCAGACAAGGAAGCAGCCAUGUCGUAUGACAGUGCAGCGAUCAGGCUUCGGAGUGCCGACUCCCACCGGAACUUCCCCUGGACUAGUGCUACUCUAGAAGAGCCAAAGUUCCAAGAGGCAUACACCACUGACGCUCUCCUUGGCAUGAUCAAGGACGGUUCAUACCCUUCGAAAUUCGUUGAAUAUCUCAUGGCGCGCUAUGAAAAUUUGGGAAGAGACAUUGGCCGUCUUGACUUGAGUAUGGUCCAGACCAAAGGGCUAGUGUUUAAGCAACUCUUCCAAAAGGAGCUCACGCCGAGCGAUGUAAGCAAGCUGAACAGGCUCGUCAUUCCGAAGAAAUACGCUGUCAAGUAUUUCCCACGCAUUGAGGAAGGUUCAGAUAACGACGUGGAGUUGGAGUUUCAUGACAGGACAAUGAGAUCGUGGAAGUUCCGGUACUGCUACUGGAGGAGCAGCCAGAGCUUCGUCUUCACAAGGGGCUGGAACCGAUUCGUGAAGGAGAAACAGCUGAGGGAAAACGACACCAUCACGUUCUACUUGUGCGAGUACUGUCAAGAAGGGGAGAGGGCGGUUCGCACGUUCACCGCCAUCGAUGUUUUCAAGGUUGAAAACAUCAAUGGUGGGUUGGUUGAGGAAAAUAAUGACAAGAAACAGAAUCUUGGGUUGCAUUUGGAUUUGAAUCUUGGGAUGCAUGAUCAUCACAAGGAUGGAAUAGAGGUUGAAGGAGAGAAAGAAGUAGCGGUGAAAGCAAAGCCAAUUAUUCCCAAGGCUGGGAAUUCAGGUUUUUGGCUAUUUGGUGUGCAUAUCAUAUGAUCAUAAAAGAUGGAAGAUAUAUAUAUAUAUAUAUAUGUAUGUAUAUAUAUAUCUUGCCUUAUAUGUAGUUAAGGUUUAUCGGCCAAGUUUAGUUAGACCCCUUUAAAAAGUUAAAAGUUUUAGCUUGAGCUUUUAGUAGGGGAGAGAAUUUAGCUUCUAUUAUUUAGUGAGUAGUUGAGAAUCCUCCGUAGGUUAAUUUAUCCAAUGCUGGGAUCUGAUCUUAUAAUGAGAUAUAAUUGUUUCCAAUAUUAGAGUAAUAUGCUA